AGGGCGCUAAAAGAACGGGGGAAAAUCGUCGGCUAAGGCGCGAAGUUAUCAUAUUCCUUUGGUUACUACUGCAAGGAUCGGAUAGAAUUCCAUUCAAUCCACAAGAACACGACGAUCCCAGCUCUGGAUACUCAAAUCCAUUGCUGAUUACCAAAACCCACUUCCCUUAUCGCUCUUAUAAUUCCUAAUUUCUCUUCGAUUUUUGGGUUGCGGUUGGAGAUUCCUAACGCUUCACAUUGAUUGAACUUCACGGUUCUUUGAACCCGUCGGCUGUUGCAUUUCCUUUACAGAUUGUUUUAAUUUGUUUUGUUCCUAUUUUUUGUUAUCUUUCAACGAGGAAAAACCGCUUCGGCAUCUCCUCGUGAUCUGGGGGCUUCAUUUAUGAGGGAUAACAACAUGGAGCGGGGAGCAAAUAGUUAAUUCAGUCGAAGGCAGCGAUCUGCCGAGUGUUAUGUAGUCAAACUACACAAUGGCAAUGUCUUUGAAGACCGUAAUGGCUAUUAAAUCUUACCAAAGUCAAGCUGAUGCAUUAGUAGAGAACUACUUAUUAGCAGACCGUUUGAUCCCGUACACCUCUGUCCUUGGAGGCAUACUUGCUUGUAAAUUGGUCUAUGAUCUUACUCAAGUAGUUAGUAAUUUUUACUUCAAGAGUUAUCUGGGUCUUACGAAAAUCCAACGAGUCGAGUGGAAUAACCGCGGCAUGUCCACUAUUCAUGCAAUCUAUAUCUCAAUUAUGUCAUUGUACUUCGUUUUCUGGUCAGAUCUCUUCUCUGACCAGCGUCAUGCUGGCCUCGUUACCUUUCAAAGUUCAACGUUGUCUACUUUCGUAUUGGGGAUUUCAGUUGGAUACUUCUUGGCUGAUCUUGGAUUGAUUGUUUGGCUGUAUCCUUCUUUAGGUGGGAUGGAGUAUGUGGUCCACCACUCUCUUUCUGGACUAGCAGUAGCAUAUUCUGUUUUUUCUGGAGAAGGGCAACUCUACACGUACAUGGUUCUCAUCUCGGAGAUUACGACUCCUGAGAUUAAUAUGAGAUGGUAUCUUGACACAGCUGGUAUGAAGAGGUCCUGUGCAUAUCUGAUUAAUGGCGUUGUAAUAUUUUUUGCAUGGCUGGUUGCUCGCAUACUGCUGUUUGGUUACACAUUCUAUCAUGUUUACCUGCACUAUGAUCAGGUAAUUAAGAUGCAUGCAAUCGGAUACCUUUUGGUAUUCGGUGUGCCAACCGUGCUUGGUAUGAUGAACUUGAUGUGGUUCGGAAAGAUCGGCAAGGGCUUAAUGAAAACGAUAUCAAAGAGGUGAUGAGAAACUUAGUCUUCGAGUUCAAAUCUCUUCCUCUUCACUCUCUUGCUCUAUUUCUUAACAUCAUCUACAUAUGGGUUGAGGAGAAAAAGGAAUUUGAUGGUAUGUAGUGUGUUGUAAAUGGCUCAAAAUAACUUAAAAACUUGUUGACAGUUAGUGUCUUUUUCAUCAUGUCAGAUUUGUGUACCAAUUCAUUUUUUCUGUAUAGUUCUUUUUUUCCUUUUAUUUGAAGAAGAAAGGUGAUGAUACUACACCAAAUUUUCUCUGUAUUCAGUUAUGCUUAUGAUUUUGGAUCUCUUCGUUGUCGUCCCUUCACGA